GUCAAACUGCUCAGAGUAGAGAGCCAUGAUCUCAACCACGAAAUGUGAACUUCGAGUUUGGAGAAGCUAACCGGGACGGACGUCUUUCCUAGCCUGAGUGUCGAACAGUUGUCAUGCCUGGGCGCUGCAGCUCCUCCUUCCUCGUCUAGGUGGCGAAAUGACAAAACUCCCUCCCUUCCUUGAUCCGUGAAUUUGAAAUAAUCUUUCAUCAAGUUCCAUCUCCUCUAGCCUCCUAUGGAACGUAUCUCUCUGUCUGUCGUUAAACUACAAUGACAUGUCUGUAGCUAUCAGAAAGAGAAGCUGGGAAGAGCAUGUGACCCGAUGGAAGGGACCACCUUUUAAUUCUGACGAUUGUAACACAGCAUGUCAUCAUGGACUAGGAGCUGACAGCUCGCAGGCAAGGAUGGAAAAGGAUGUAGCACCAGAUGUGGACCGCAAGGAGAAGUGCAUUUCACUCCCAGAUUGCUGUCACGUACCAGAGCUGAGAGAUUUUCCUGGGAGGCCAAUGGGUCACAUUUCAAAGGAAGUGGAUAAAAAUGACAACCAUGAAACUGAGGAUCCGUUUCUUUCUCUGGAAGCCAGCACAGAAACGCUGGUGCAUGUUUCUGACGAGGACACGGAUUCUGAUUUGCACCUUAUAGAUGAUAAGCAGAUUUUAACUAUCCAAGGGCAGAAGCCAUCAGGCCAACACACCACUGAAGGAGCAGGCUCCUCAGUAAAGACACUGCCCAGCCUGGAAAGUCACAAAGAUUCUCCAAACUCGUGGGGAAGGGCUGGUGAAGCUGAUUUAGCACUGGUAGAACAAAGCGGGGAGAGAAAAGUUGUUGACACUAUAAGUAAGAGCCUGGAGCUUUAUCGUGAUAGAAACUUAAGUGAAAUUAAAGAUGCACCCAAGUUCAAUGCGUUUGACUCUUUGACUGUGACAGGAAUCGUGCCUGAGAAGCAGUUGCUUAAUUCUGCUGUGAUUGCUCAGCAGCGAAGGAAACCUGACUUCCCUAAAGAUGACAUUGACAGUCACACCUGCUGCCGCACAGUUCAAGAUGAGUUCUUGGCUGUUCCUCGCACAGACCCAGGACUGUCAGUAUUGAAAGCGGAUUUUGGAAGCUGCCUCCUGCAGCCCUCUUCCUGCCCUAGUGGAAUGUCAGCUGAGUGCAUUCUGGAGAACAGGGGAUUCUCAGAACAUCAAAACAAAGGUCCUCCUGAGGUCAAGCCAGAAGGUGACAUACAGUGUUUACACUUAGGAGAGACUCUGGCCACCCACGAACCCACAGAUAACCAAGUCACUCUCCGCAGGAGAAAGGAAAUAAGGGAAGAUCGAGAUCGGGCGCGGCUGGACUCCAUGGUGCUGCUGAUUAUGAAACUGGACCAGCUCGAUCAGGACAUCGAGAAUGCUCUCAGUGCCAGCUCCUCCCCAUCAAGCACACCCACCAACCUGCGGCGCCAUGUUCCCGAUCUGGAAUCAGGAUCUGAAAGUGGAGCAGAAACCAUUCUAGCAAAUCAGACACAAGUAAAUCUGUCUUCUAACACCGAGUCCACUGACCUACCAUCUUCCACCCCAGCAGCCAGUUCUGGAACCAAACCCAAAGCUAUGACUCAUCCUCAACCUGAGAGCUUUAUCACUUCAUAUAACAUGCUUUUAAUUCAGGGCGGCUCCUGUGGCUCAAAGGAGUAG